UAUCACCCAAUCAUCCAAUCGGCGCCCGCAUCCACGCAUCCACGCAUGCCCAGCCUGCAGCCAAGGCGCUGAUGGCGUCGAGUGGCGUCCAGAACAACCCCUCUGCAUGUGCAUGUGUGCACAAGUACGGAGUUGGCAUGAGCGUCUUGCAGACAGUUGGACCUCGGGACAUCGGCGAACAUGAGCUGUGAUGUGCGCAUGUGCGCGCGGAAGAGAUGAAACCCAAGUCGUGCCUUCGGGAGCGAUACGAGCUGGGCCCGCUCUUGCUCCACCCCACCUCACUUGACCGAUGUGUCUGGCCUCUGGCCUCUGGCAAGUCACCUCGGCGGUCACGAGGUGAUCAAGGCCGACCGUCUCCGAUGUUCGGCCGGCCUAAUACAAACGUGGGUGAGGGACGGGGUUUGCUGCCAAGAGUAUGUCUCACACCGUGCCUUCGGACUACAUCUCGAACGUCGAUGCAACCAUAUCAUCUAAGAGUCGGCUCAAUUCUCAUCAAGACAUCCCCAUGCACUGCGUCAAGAGACGAUCAAGCCGCCGUCACAGCUGGCUGUGCGGUCCUGCAAGUGCGCGAAACUGGCGGCGGCGAGUCGCCUCGGCGCGACACACUCGCACGUGCGGCGUUUCACUUGAUCUCGGAGUCGGAGAAACGUGGGCUACAGAGCAGAGCUAAUCCCAUCUGUCGUCCUUGUGCGUGCGUUUGCGUCAUAUUGGCACGGUCCAUGCCGAGGGCUAAGGAACAUUGAUGCAUCUUACCGCCAUCGCUGGCAGGACCGGGGCGUGGUCAGAGGGGGGUCUUAAUGACACUGCCACAGUGCUCUAACUCAAUACUAAUGUCAGCACGAUUCUCCUGCUAGCUCCAUGACACUACUGCUCGCUAUCCCACGCACGACAUAGAAAGUUGAUGCACGGCACAAGCAGCUUCUUCAGAUGAUUCCAAGCUAACAGGCCA